GCCUCUCCCUACACCCAGUCAUAUGCAAAGCAACCAAGCACAAUCUCAGAUCAUCUAUCCUACAUUUUCAACUGUCCAAGUUUUUUUCCUACAACAAGACCACCUGAUCGAUGGACCGGGUGACGAGGCUGGCAUCGCAGCGUGCAGUGGUGAUCUUCACCACGAGCUCCUGCUGCAUGUGUCACACAGUGACGCAGCUCUUCCGUGAGCUCGGGGUGAACGCGACAGUGGUGGAGUUGGACGAGGACCCUCGGGGAAUGGAGAUGGAGAAGGCACUGGCGAGGCUGCUGGGCCGCAGCUCCGGUGUGCCAGCAGUGUUCAUCGGCGGCAGGCUCGUCGGGUCCACGGACAAGGUCAUGUCGCUCCACCUCAGCAGCAACCUCGUCCCGCUACUGCGCAAUGCGGGGGCACUCUGGGUGUAGCUUAAUAGGGCCUUGUGCUCUAAGUCAGCUGAUGAUCCAAAUUAAGGGCUUCAUCAGUAUUUUGUAAGAGUACCUGAUAAUUUGACGAGUGAGAGUGUUUCCUUCCUGAUAUGCACUGGCCAUGGACAAUUGGACAUACAUGUGACCGAUGUAAGAGCUUCGGUAUUGCUCGUUGAAUCUGGCCUUCAGUUCGUGGCA